AUGGCUCACGAGAAAAAUCUUCUCAAAGCUUUGAAAAAUAUCACCUUCACUGUGCCGCUCUACGAUGUCAACUGGCUCGCAUCUACCCAAAGUGUGAAGAAGGCCAUCCAUCUAUCCCCAUACAGGUGUGAAAAGCGGGCCUGGCUAGUCCUCCGCACGCCGUCAUCGUCAAGGAAGCUGAAAACCCGUCCGGCGGCCAUGGGGAAACAGAACAGCAAGCUGCGGCCGGAGAUGCUGCAGGACCUGCGGGAGAACACCGAGUUCUCCGACCACGAGCUGCAGGAGUGGUACAAGUACCGGCACAUACACGAGCUGGUGAAGAUUCAGAGAGGAUAUUGGGGGCCGGGGCUCAGUGGCAGCAUCACCAACAAGCAAGAGAUGAUUUAG